CUGAUCUGUUCUCAUCUUUAUUCGUCAGUCGACAAAUUGUGAAGCUCUAAUCAAAGGAAAUGGAGACAGUAACGGUGAUGAAGCCAUUGAUCAGAGUCGCUGCUCUCUCUGGAUCCCUCCGAAAAGGCUCUUACCACAAUGGACUUCUCCGUGCCGCCAUCGACUUGACGAAGAAAUCGGUGCCAGGAAUGCAGAUCGAGUAUAUCGACAUAUCUCCGUUGCCGUUCAUCAAUACCGAUCUGGAAAGAGACGGUACAUAUCCUCCUGUUGUGGAAGCCUUCCGACAGAAGAUCCUUGAAGCCGAUAGCAUUCUGUUCGCAUCCCCUGAGUAUAAUUACUCUGUCUCAGCUCCUCUUAAGAACGCGAUUGACUGGGCUUCACGACCACCAAAUGUUUGGGCUGACAAACCCGCUGCCAUCAUAAGCACCGGUGGAAUAUUUGGUGGAGGUGUGUCCCAAUAUCAUCUUCGGCAAAUCGGAGUAUUCCUUGAUCUCCAUUUCAUUAACAAACCAGAGUUUACACUUAAUGCAUUUCAACUGCCUCAGAAAUUUGAUGUGGAAGGAAACUUGGUCGACGAAGUGGCUAAGGAAAGGUUAAAACAAGUCCUUAUCUCAUUGCAAGAAUUUACUAUGCGUCUUCAGGAUCGUAAGUGAGGGAAUUCUUAAUCGUUUGUAAGGUUGAUAGUGUGAUGGAAAUUAUGCAAAUUAUUGUAAUAAGAAAAAGUGUGUCACUUAUCUUAUAUUAGUUUCUGUUUUCUUUGUUUUUUCAAAUAGUUUCUGUUUUUCUUAUAAACAUUAUAUUAUGUACUUACAAGUUCCAAACUGCCUCAGAAAUUUGAUGUGGAAGGAAACUUGGUCGACGAAGUGGCUAAGGAAAGGUUAAAACAAGUCCUUUAUCUCAUUGCAAGAAUUUACUAUGCGUCUUCAGGAUCGUAAGUGAGGGAAUUCUUAAUCAUUUGUAAGGUUGAUAGUGUGAUGGAAAUGAUGCAAAUUAUUGUAAUAAGAAAAAGUGUGUCACUUAUCUUAUACUUCUGUUUCUUUUUUUUUUCAAAUAGUUUCUUUUUUUCUUAUAAACAUUAUAUUAUGUACUUACAAGUUCCAAACAACUUUUUCGGGUGGUUAAUGCUUAGUUUUCUU